GUGGAAAAGUUUUCGCGUAUCGUUCGUACCCUCGCCCCGUGAAGCCGUGGUUUAGCUCGUGCAACGCACGCAGGAGCCAUUUCCGGUAAAAAUCCGCUGACCAUCAGGCGUUGCCCGAGCAUUUGCUACCCUACCUGGUCCGGUUUGGCAGAAGGCAGCAUCGCGGUUGUAGUGCUUGCAUUGUCCUGGUUCGCUGUAUCAUUGUCCCAACCGAGCAACGCAGAAAGAGUGGCCAAGAGUACAUAAAAAAACGACACGGUCGGCUUCGAAUGGUUUGACAGCAGUGUGGAAGAAGUGAAAAUACCGUAAACCACAAACGUACACCUCCGUCGUGGUAGCGAGCGAAUCCAGCAAGCUGUACCUGGGAGCUCGUUAUUUCCGCGUGUAAAAUGAUUGCCCGAGGACGAAUCCGCAGUCGUGGACUGUAAUCCUUGACGCGCGAGCGUUGCCCUUAGUCCAUCGCGUGGAUGUGAUGUGUUUUGGUGUAACUCGGGUCCGCUUGAACCUAUGCCUAGUAGCGAAAACGACUUCCGUAAUCUAGGAGUGCGUUCCUGUGAAAGUGUGCCGCGGGGUGUGUGAAAUGUGAAAAGAAUGGUGCUACGCUGUAACUGCAGGGAAUCGAGAGUUUGCAAAGUGCGGGUUCCGUUUUCACAGCCUUUCUCUGUCCCGCAAUCGCUGCUGCUUCGUUUGUAGUUUACUUUCUCUUCUUUUCCUACCCAUUUGCAUUCACGUCGUCUUCACUUGGCUUGUUUUCAUUGGCGUUCCUCGUUCCCAGUGCCUUGUUUUUUUCAUCCCCCGUGCAACCGUGUGAUCGAGUCGCGCGGUUUAUUUCGCUUGGUUUUCCACGUUCGGUUUGGAAAAGAUUAUUAACCGUCGCGCACACACACACAUACUCAGUUACGCUGAUUUUUCUUUUACCUUCACCUGAUGAAAACCCGCCCCUGUCAUUGAAGCAGAGGAUUUUUUUUUGUUUCUUCGUGAAAAACGCUGACUUUUCAUUCUCUACGUCCCUCGUAUCGUACGUGGCGUGUAUGUAAACGAAACGGUUAAGCAAAUGCCAAGCCAGCGCGCACUGCGUCUUGUAACCAGCGAUUGACCUUUGGAAAACAAGCUUGCCGCAAAACUUUUCAUCAGCGACAUUGAGCAGAAAAAUCUACAAAACCUGCUAAACCAAUUCAAAGGAAAACAAAGCAAUCUUGUCGGCUCCGUUGUUCACAUACACCAGACGAGACACGACGAAUGAGAGAAGACAGCAAAGCGAAAGCAUCUCGACCUCCGCCGUACAGUUUACUGCUUUUCGUUGGUGGCAAACACAUGUCCACGUGAAGUGCAGACCUCGAUCAGGUGGGCAAUGAAAGCGACAGUGGAAGGACUUUGUGUCGUGGCCUCAUUCCCAGCGUAGGAAGUUUAUUUUACCGUCUGGGGGUAGUGCGACAAUUCGAAAGAGUUUUUCUUUUUAGUUCGUUUGGCAACAUUAUUUUUCUACAAGCGGGGAUAACGGAUUCCGUCAACGAUAUUUAAACGUACAUUUUAGACGCACUGGAACAUCAAAAUCGAUGGUUUUAGUUUGUAGCUUGGACUGAGCUCAUUAAGGAAACGUCUGCACUCGCUCGUCGGCAGUAUGUGGAAUUCAGAGCGUUCGCAAAGCAACGGGGGCGGAGGGUCCGGUUCGUCCACUCGGACGCUCGGCAUGACUUCGGCGAUUAGUACUGCCGAACCGAAGCCGGAAGAUUUUCAAAAAACGAAGGAACUUGAAAAAUGUUUGGAACCCUACAAUGUGUUUGAAGCCGAAUCGGAGCUGAAUCAUCGAAUGGAAAUUCUUGCCAAGCUGAACACGCUCGUCAAGCAGUGGGUGCGCGAUGUUUCGAUCGCAAAAAAUAUGCCCGAGGCGAUGGCAGAGAAGCUGGGUGGAAAAAUCUACACAUUCGGUUCGUACCGACUCGGAGUGCAUCACAAGGGGGCCGAUAUUGACGCCCUCUGCGUGGCUCCACGCAACAUCGAGCGGGCCGACUAUUUCGGAUCGUUUUUCGAACUUUUAAAACAACAGCCCGAAGUAACGGAAUGUCGAGCCGUCGAGGAAGCAUUUGUACCUGUUAUAAAGAUGAACUUUGAUGGUAUCGAGAUCGAUUUACUGUUCGCUCGGUUGGCGCUGAAAGAAAUACCGGACAAUUUCGAUCUGCGCGACGAUAUGCUGUUGAAAAAUCUCGACCAAAAAUCCGUCCGCAGCCUGAACGGGUGCAGGGUGACGGAUGAAAUUUUGCGGCUCGUACCUAACAUUGAAAACUUUCGGCUGGCGCUGCGAACGAUAAAACUGUGGGCGAAAAGACAUGGCAUUUACUCCAACUCGCUCGGAUACUUCGGUGGUGUAUCGUGGGCGAUGCUCGUGGCUAGAACAUGUCAACUCUACCCGAAUGCGGUAGCUGCCACGCUGGUGCACAAGUUUUUCCUUGUGUUUUCGCGCUGGAAGUGGCCUCAACCCGUUUUGCUCAAGCAACCGGACAACGUGAGCCUCGGUUUUCAGGUUUGGGAUCCACGAGUAAACGUACAAGACCGGUUCCACUUGAUGCCAAUCAUUACGCCGGCCUAUCCACAGCAAAACUCUACGUUCAAUGUUUCCAGCUCAACGCGCAAGGUGAUGCUGAUGGAGUUUAACCGCGGCAUGCAGAUCACGGACGACAUCAUGAUGGGGAAGCAAUUGUGGGAUAAAUUAUUCGAGGCGCCCAGUUUCUUUUAUCGGUAUCGCCACUUCAUAGUCCUGCUGGUGAGCUCGAGCAAUGCCGACGAUCACCUGGAGUGGUGCGGACUGGUAGAGUCGAAGAUACGCUACCUGAUACUGAACCUGGAACGCAACCAGCACAUCAAUCUGGCGCACGUCAACCCCAAGUGUUACGAGCAGCACGAACAGAACUCUGGCACCACGCUGAACGGUGCCGAUGGUAAACCGACCCCGUUCUGUUCGCUCUGGUUCAUCGGGUUGGAGUUUGAGCGUUCCGAAAACCUGAACGUCGACUUAACGGACAGCAUACAGAGCUUCACCGAUUCCGUACACAAGCAUGCGGUGCAUAUUAAACUGCUAAAAGAUGGCAUGAAGAUAGAGGCUCGCCAUGUUCGACGGAAGCAACUGGCGCAGUACCUCGAUCCCAAUUUGCUGAAACGAGAACGGAAGAUCUCCGACAGCUACACCGUCAGCGCUGGUGCCGGUGGUAGCAACAACGGUUCGGCCUCCCCGGCAGACGCAUCGUCGCGAAAGCGUAAAUCCACCGAUCCAUCUUCCGCUACGCCAGCUACGGCCAGCAGCCCGACAGCCGGCGGUGCUGCCGUGCCCGGCAGCAAUGGCAGCGCUAGCAAAAAGCGUCGUAACGAUUCCUUCGACGGAGCAUCGAACAGCAGCUUCUGCAGCAAUUCACCGGCGGUUGCUUCGAAUGCGGAAGAUCGUAAAAGCCCUCCCCAGCCGACGGCGACGGAAAAUGCAGCAGGGAAUGGAAGUGGCAAUCAAACGGAUUCUCCAUCGACCGCCGAUCCAGUCGCGUCAUGCUUAUUGAAUGGCGAUGACGAUGAGCGUUUGAAUGGGUCAGACGAACCAAUGGCUUCGGCUGUUGCUUCGGAAGAUCAAACCGAUGGAAAGUCUAACGACCAAGACUCGUACGAUGCUUCGAAGGAGGACACCUCGGAAGCGGUGCUUACCACUGCCGCCAAUGGUACCGCUCAUAAUAGCAGCAGCAGCAGCACCACCGCCACCACCAAUGGGACAAACAGUAGUAAUAGUAUCAAUAGUAGUAGUAGUAGUAAUGGUGGCAACACUUCGACACCUGCCACGCCCGCAGCGGCGGCGGCGGCGGCGGCGGCAGCUACCGAAGUUGCCUGCUCUUGACUGACUCGUUGUCGCACUCCUUCGAUGACGUACCAUCGUGAUGGAGGAACGGUCGCUACACCUGCACCUAUAAUGCCACCCGCAGUUGGCCAGAAGCAGCGGUCUUCCCUCUCCGGUGAUGUUAGUAGUAAGAUUAUGUUAGAGCAAAGUGAUGCUGUUUCCCCAGCCUUGGUUGGUGGCUCUGCCACCGCUGCUGCUGCUGCUGCUGCUACUGUUGAGAACGGUGCAUCAACUUUACACGGUGAUAAGCUAUAAGAGCCCGAACCACUACCCAGACCAGUUAAGCAUAUGUAGGAAAGACGAUCGGAUCUAUUGAACCGAAGAAAUAAUGUAACACAUGACUCAUCUACUAAACACAUUGUACAUAGCGUGGAAAUUCAAACGGAGACGCAGUCGACAGACGUGGAAAGACAAGUAGAAUCGGUUCCAAAGAUGUCUGUCGGAAAUUAAAACAUAACAUGGGUAAGAACACUUUUCGGCUUUGCAUUAAAGCCGAUCGGAAGCAGAAGCAGAGUAUGCAAAAAUCAAGUGUGUACAGCAGCGGUGCGAGGCACAGGACUUUUUGCUGGCGUACGUGGCCAACACACAAAAGGACGACGAAUAUUUAAUCCGGCGUGUGUUCCGAUAAUGAAGUGUAAUGUGUGCGGAUGGAUAGUGAAAAACGGUUGGGGACUGCAAGAGGGAAUUUUCUAAGCAACUAAGGAUUUAGCGGGAGGGUGCAACCAGAGGACGAGCAGAAGGGAGAGAUUGCGCGAGAUGUACAUAAUUAUUGAUCAGUAAAAUAUAUGACCGUUGCGAAGAGCGAAAGGACAGAAGAAAUUGUUCAGAAACACCGUGUACAGUACAGCAGCAACAUUUAUUCGAAGUGAAACCGAAGACAGCAACAUAGCAAAGGCUAUUGAGCAAAAGGUAGCGAAGAUUGCAAAGAGGAGCGCAGUCGAUGUUUAAGGAUUGCUCGGUAACGAUCAGCCUUUCAUCAUUCUUUGAUGGAUUAUCGACGUAGCUAAAUGCUGCCAUUAUUCACCGCACGGUUACUGUACGCGAUUCUUUUACGUCCUUUAAUUGCUACAUCUAUAGCUCAAUUGAGAAAAGAGCUGAUGGAAUUACUAUUUCGACAACUAAACUUUAGCGUAACAAAUGAACACGUAUAUUGAUGGUGUUUUUAAUCCUAUUUUUCUUGCAAAAAUGAGCUACGUAGAAGUUUAAUUUUCCAUUAUUUUCCGUUGGGCGUCUCUUUUAUCAAUUAGCACGCUACACAGAUAUAUUGGGUGGUUUCCACCCCCUUUCAAUUCGUAGGAUCCAUUCGAACAUCGAGGAUUGGAAUUAGUUUUCCUUUUUUUGCUGCGCAGUAUGUCAAUACUGCUUAGCUGAAUGCACAGGGCUUUCACUAUCGGAUGAAAACGAAUAUUAGUGGAUUCAACAAGCAAAAAAACACAAAAAAAAACAAAAAGUAGAAGAUGUUAGUUCGAGGUAAAAAGAAAUCCCUCCUAUAUAUGAAAAAGUGCAACCAGGACCGCCACGUAAAAAGUGGCCGUCACAAAAAAAAAUGAUCCUGAAUAUGUGUAAACUGAACUCAAUCCGCAAAACCAUCAAUCCCAUAUAUGAGCAUAGGCGAUAGG